AGAGAGAGAGAGAGAGACGGGCACGCGCGCUAACGGACGGACACGGCGUCCGAGCAGAAAAGACCUUUCACGCGGAGCGGCGGCCCCGCGGGCACGCGCCCCCUGUUUCCUCUCCGCGUCGUGCCGAGGGAUGAACUUUGACGCUCGCAUCACGUCGGCGCGUCUCCACGGGUGUCGGUGUUUUUCCCCGCGCGGCGCGCGUCACCCGGGCGGGCGGCGUGAACUUGGUUGCAACAUCACCGCGCAGCUCCGCGGAUUAACGCUCAUCUGUCCGCGCGCGCUGCUGGGUAACCACAUGCACUGUGUAGAAAUGAGAGGACCAAGGAGCACGUGAAGAUGUCCCCGAAUUCAACCAAAACAUGGUGCCUUAGGCUUUUCCCGAUCCUCCUCUUCUUCAUCUCCUGUGUCACAUUCUACUGCUCCUAUGCCAUAAUUCAGAGCUACGCAGGAACCAAUCGGUCUCCCAACAGCAGCAAGUCGCUGUGCGGCGGUUGGCUAACGCAGAAGAAGUGGGAGAGCCUUAACUUUAACGUUAGCCGACAGACAAAGCUCUUUCUGAAGCUGGAGGAUUUCUUCUGGCGGGAGCAUCUCGCGUCGCGGCUGGCGUUACCGUACGGCGUCAAGGGCAGCGAGCCGCUGCUGCUGAAAGCUCUCGCCGUACUUGCAGAUUAUCAGGUGCCAGACAACAUCCAGAACCUCGAAUGCAGAACCUGCGUCGUCAUCGGCAACGGCUUCGCCAUUAAAAACAGCUCCUUGGGAAGCAUCAUCAACAAAUAUGACGUGGUCAUUCGGUUGAAUGACGCGCCAGUGAAAGGCUACGAGGACGACGUGGGGAACAAGACCACCAUGAGGUUCUUCUACCCAGAGUCGGCCUCCUUCAACCCGGGACAGCACAACGAGGCCGGCACGCUCAUGGUCCUGGUGCCUUUCAAGCAGCAAGAUCUCCGCUGGCUCAAAGAGAUCCUCUAUAACGAGAAGAGGGUCAGGAAAGGAUUUUGGAAGCCCCCUCCCCAAAUCUGGUUGGGUGACACAAAUAAAAUCAGAGUGCUGGACCCUCACUUUCUGCAUCAGACUGCAGACCGACUGCUCCGGAUCCCCCUGCACCCGAAUAGCAAACAGCCCGUGCAUCCCACCACGGGUAUCCUCGCUGUGUUUGUUGCCCUCAACUACUGCGAUGUGGUCCACGUUGCUGGUUUUGGAUACCCCAAAACAAACAGCCCAAGGCACCCUAUCCAUUACUACGGAUUUGACACCAUGAGGUCGAUGAAGAACUCUUACCACGACCUCGAUCAUGAAGCCCAAGCCUUAAGGCGACUGGAGAACUCUGGAGCUAUUUUGUACCUGCACCCACAUUUAUGAUGCACGCACUUUGUCAGUUGGACUCACACGACGCCAAUUGAUGAAAUUUGAACUCGGUUCGGGUCAUCCCAUUCAAAUUAGAUGGUAAAGUGCCUUCCGCAGUGGGACACGUCGGCGGUGCGUUCAGUCGCCAUGUGGCGGCCAUGAGAGUCACGUCUCGGGGUCCGAAGGACGCCUCAUAUUGUUGAAAGACUUGCAGAGAUGAUUUAACGGCUCACCUCCAAUGUGUCGGUAACCCUGGUAACACGGCUCAUCAUUCUGCGUAGUGUCUAAUCUUUUGUCAUGUCUAUGGGUUUUGAAUCAUUACCAUUAAUGUGAGUUUGCAGGAGAAAAGGCCAGCGGCGUGACACACAUUCGACAACCCAAUGGUCUCGUUUGUCGUAAGUGACAUAUGAGUUUUUGAUAAUUGAAUGCAUAAUAAUCCAGCUUCAAAAUUAAUCUAAUUAAUUAGAUUAUUUGUUAUUCAACCUGGUCUGAUUGAAUGCUUCACUGUCAAUGUUCAUUUUACAUGAGAUGAAGGGGAAAUUAAUUGAUCACACAGCUGAUUUGCACAUGAUUAGCUUUUCACUUUUAAUUUCUUGGACUGGAAAUACGACUUGUAUUUUGCCAAUAUUUUUUGGUCACAAUUGUUUCGGAGUUCUUAUUUAUUUAAUUUUUAUAGUUACCAUUCCCUUUUUUUUUCUUUUCAAAAACAAUAUCUGUAAAUCGUACCACAGGAUAUUUUUUAUGUACAGAAUGAAAUCAAUUUAUAAUUAAAUAUAAAAGGAAAAAGGAAA